CAACCACAACAAAUCCAACUUCACAUAUAGUAGUACCAUUUCAAAACAAACUGCACAUUAAUUCCUAAGAAGUAUUCCUCUAAACUCAUUUAGUCUUGCCUAACUAAAUUGAUCAUAGGAAAGAAACUCGUCUUUUACUUUUCAAUCCUUCUCUCGUAGCACCUUCCAAGCUUUCUCAUCACGCUAUAUAACAAUCCACGAUAAUACCAACUCCCAUCCAUCACGCUUCUUCCAUUUCACCAUUCUUUUCACACUGCAUUCUCUUUUCUGUUAGUUUCAUUACACAUAUCACGUGAUCACAAAAAAAUCCGAAUCCCAAAAAACACGGUUCACAGUUGAGAUGAUGAAAAGUCCUAGAAAAUUUACGAAUCCGUUUAGUAAAUGGAUUUCCGAUACUAAUCGUCGUUUCAUUAUGUUAAUAAUUCCUCUUCUUGCUUUUAUCAUAUUCUUCUCUUUUCUUUUCGACCUUCCUUUUCAAAAAGUUAAGAAUGGCUUUUACGGCACUACUUCAUCUUCACCUUCGAAAGAUGAAUUGUUACGAUCGAAAAUUGCGGUGUGUUUGGUAGGUGGUGCUAGAAGGUUCGAAUUAACUGGACCUUCGAUAAUGGAUAUGAUACUGAAAGAGUAUCCUAAUUCUGAUCUUUUUUUGCAUAGUCCAUUAGACUCAGAUGCAUUCAAAUUCUCACUGUUGAAAUCUGCACCGAAAAUCGCCGCAGUUAAUAUAUUUCAACCGCAACCGUUACCGGAAAAUGAAUCCUUUGUUCGAGUUCUAUCAGCACAUAAUUCACCUAACGGAAUCCAGGGGCUUAUUCAAUACUUUGACCUAGUAGAAGGCUGCAUAACAAUGAUAAAUUCACACCAACAAAAAAACAACAUCAAGUACGAUUGGAUAAUCCGAACACGUGUUGACGGGUACUGGAACGCCCCACUCGGUCCAGAAAAUUUCGUUCCGGGUCAAUACCUGGUCCCAUCCGGUUCAUCCUAUGGGGGACUCAACGACCGGUUCGGUAUAGGCGAUCUACGAACCUCAACAAUAGCAUUAUCUCGUCUCUCUCUCAUUCCCAAACUAGAUUCUGCUGGAUUCUCAAAUCUCAAUUCAGAAUCAGCCUUCAAAGCUCAACUCACUACUCAGAGAGUAAGCUACCAAACAAAACGACUCCCGUUUUGUAUAGUUUCGGACCGGAAGUACGAUUUUCCUCCAACCCCGUUCGGUGUGCCGGUUGCGGCAUUGUCGAGCCGCGGUCCGUUAAGUGGAGCUAAGUGUAAACCGUGUAGACCGGUUUGUGUGGGUGUGUGCGUGGAGAAUGUGAUGAGGUGGGUUGAGAAGGGAUGGAGUUGGACCGAUUGGGCCGAUGGGUCACUCGAGCUGUGUAAUGCUGAGGAAAGUUGGGAAAACGGUUGGGAGAAUGUUUUUGAUAAAGUUGCUGGAAAGAAAUUUGGUAAUGCUAGGAAGAAAAUUCACUCUAUGAAAUUUGAUGAUUGUGUUCAUGAUUUUAUGAAGUUGAAAAAUCUCACUGCUCAAUGGAAUGCUCCUCCCAUUGAAGAAAUUUGUAGUUUGGGGUUAACACAUUCUUGAACGAAAUUGAUUAUUCUUUUUU